AUGAAGUUUGGAAAGAAGUUUGUUAUACUUUCUUUGAUCCAGUUCAAACUGAUAUGUUUUAGCUUGAUUAAAAAUAAAGUACCAGAAUUUAGUUCAAAGUAUAUUGAUUAUAAGGUUUUGAAAAAAGAGAUUUCAGCUAUUUUUUUGAAAUCAAAAAAUCCUACGGAUUUGACGUCAUUCUUUUCUUUGUUUGAUAGCAAUCUUGAAUCUGUAAAUACUUUCUUUAAUCUACGAAAAAAAGAAAUUACUCGUCGAAUUGAUUUGAUUUUAAAGAAAUACAAUUUAGAUUUACUCAUUAAAAACCAUCAACAACUUGAUAUUGAAAUUGAUGAAAAAGAAGAUCUUGUUAGUUCUCUUUUUUCUUUAAAAUCUGAGCUUCAGAAAUUAUUAUGGUACUUAGAAAUAAAUAAUAAGGGAUUUACAAAGAUUUUAAAAAAAUUAGAUAAAAAACUUAAUAUAUCAUUGAAAUCAAAUUAUAUGGAAUCUAAAGUAAUGGUACUUUCAUCAGCAACAACAGCAACAAUUGAGUUAUUUGAAAAUAUUGAUCAUUGGCUUUCUUAUAUUAAUGAUGCUAAUUCUUCAAAUUAUAUAAAGACUAAUGAUACUAAAAACUCGAUUGUAUCUAUUCCAUCUGUCUUUUCUUUUACUACGGAUCCAGUUCUUAUAGAAAAAAUAGAAGAAUCUAUUCGUAAAAAUGACACUGAAAAUUUCCAAAUACUAGUUGAUAAAUUAAGAUAUAAAUGUCUUUCAAAUUUCUUUAUUAAUUUACUAAGACGUUCUCUUCUGAUUAAAUCUUUUUCAUGUGCUGAAGUAAUUCUAUCAUGUUUAAAUGUGUUCAUAGAAGAGGAGGAGAUAAAUGAUAGAAAUCUUAUUCAUAAACUUAUUAUAAGUAUAGGAAGAAAUAAAGAAAAAACUUCUGAAAGUAUAUAUGAAGAUACAAUAUCACUUCCAUCUAUUGAUCGGACGGUUUAUUCAACGUUAAAAAUUAAUAAUUUACGUGUCUUUGGUCGAAAUUUUAGUUCUUCUAAUAAUAAUUCUAUAUCUAUAGAUGAUAUAGAACCAUUGGGAUUUUUGCUGUCUAAGUUAGAACCACCUUAUUAUAAAUAUUUAUUGGGUCGAGAUGUAUAUAACCGACUUCCUUUACAUUAUGCUGUAGGAUAUGGCCUUAUUAAAAAUACACAAUUGAUAUUAGAUUACAUGAUAAAAUGGAAUCAACUGAAUCCUGAAACUGAUAACUUAAACGACUCCAAAUGGAGAGACUCAGAAGGAUAUACACCAUUGCAUCAAGCUAUUUUAAUUCGUAACAUAGAAAUUUUAGAUAUAUUGCAAAGUAUGAAUAAAAAAGUUGAUCCGCUUUCUUAUGGAACAAAAAUUAUAUAUGAAGAGGUAGAGAAUUUAAAUAGUUAUUCUGCUUUAGCUCUUGCAGUUAAAUUUAAUUAUGAUGAAAUUGUAUAUCAAUUGUUAGAAUCAGGUUUAGAUAUUAAUCACCAAGACAAAGAUGGGAAAAGCGCACUUCAUAUUGCUGUUCAUUUGGGUAAUGUAAAUACUGUUAAAGUACUUUUGAAUGGAACAAAAUUUCAAAAACAAGAUACAGAAUUAGUAGAAAAUGUUUAUGGAUGGACACCUUUGUUUAUAGCAGCAAUAGAGGGUUUUCCUGAAAUAGUAAAAUUACUUGUUUCUGUAAAUGCAAGAAUCGAUAAAACAGAUUUUUCUGGAUGGACUGCUCUUGAACAUGCUGUUUUUAGAGGUCAUAUGAAUUGUAUUGAUUUUUUAAUGACUCCAGAAAUUCGUGAAUAUGUUCAAAAAGCUAUUGUAGCAGAUAAAAUUAAUGAAGAAAAAAAUCAUAAAUUUUUUAUAGAUCAUGAAAAUGAUAUAAAGUUACAGAAAAAUAUGAAAACAGAGUUAUCUAAAUCAAUAGAAAAUCUUCCUAUGACAGAAAUAGCUACUUCUAAAGAUUCUCAUCAUCAAUGUAUAGAAGACAAAACAGUAAUUCUUAUUACCUUGGGUUCUACUAAUAGAUUUAAAAAUAUAACUCCUGUAGAAAUUAAUAGGACUUUCCUUACAGAAGCGUCUAUUACUCAACUAAACAGUGUUUUGUCUUUGAUUGUUACUGCCAAAAAUGCACAAGGCACUGCUGUUGUGGAUUUUUCAAUUCAUGACCGUAUAGAAACUGAACCUAUUGUUUUUACUACUACAAAUUAUCCAGAAGUUCAAAUUUUCUUUGAUAUUGUUCCAUCAUACGGUAAAACUAAAGAUAAACUUAUUGGACGCGCUGUUGCUCUUUUAUCAAGUGUGAAAACGUAUCUUGGGAAAGCAAGAGAAUCUUUAAAUAGUGAAUUAAAAGUUCCUAUUAUAGAAGCGAAUACUUUAUCUAUUAUUGGAAGUAUAAAUUUUGAACUCAGAGUCGUUACACCGUUUAAACAUCCUAAUAUUACGUCAGAGAAAAGUUCUACUUAUUGGGAAUCAUUGAUUAAAACAAGAGUAAUUGGACAUAGAGGACUUGGGAAAAACCAAGCAUCAAGAAAAAGUUUACAGCUUGGGGAAAACACAUUAGAGUCAUUUAUCGCAGCGGCGAAUUUAGGUGCUUCUUAUGUUGAAUUUGAUGUACAAUUAACUAAAGAUCAUGUUCCUGUCAUUUAUCAUGACUUUUUAGUUUCAGAAACAGGUGUUGAUGCACCAGUUCAUAGUUUAACUUUAGAACAGUUUUUAGCAUUAUCUGAUACUAAACAAGACAAACCACUUUUCUCUACACGUUUAGAUCAAUCGGUUUCCUUUGUAUCCACAAAAUUGGAUGCUUUAUCAAUGAAACGUUCAAAAAGCCAGUAUUUUGCUAAUCUUCAAGAAGAAAAUGAAUUAUAUGAGCGAAUAAAACAUACCAGGGAUUAUAGGGUUAAAGGUUAUAAAGGAAAUGCUCGUGGUCAAAGUAUACAAUGUCAUUUUAUGACGUUAGAAGAUGCAUUUAAGAAAAUACCCAUUCAUGUUGGGUUUAAUAUUGAAUGUAAAUAUGCUAUGUUGUAUGAAGCAGAAAAUGAGGAAAUGGAUAGUGUUGCGAUUGAAUUAAACCAAUGGGUUGAUACAGUUUUAAAAUUCGUGUUUGACUAUAAAAAAGAUAGAGACAUAAUUUUUAGUAGCUUUCAUCCUGAAAUAUGUUUACUAUUGUCUCUUAAACAGUCUUCAAUACCUAUUAUGUUCCUUACAGAUGCAGGUGCUACUAAAAUGACUGAUAUAAGAUCUUCUUCUUUACAGGAAGCUAUUCGAUUUGCAACUAGAUGGAAUUUGUUAGGUAUCGUUAGUGAAUGUUCACCUUUGAUAUUGUGUCCACGUUUAAUUAAUGUAAUCAAAAAUUCGGGUUUAGUUUGUGUAACUUAUGGAUCAGAAAAUAAUAUUCCAGAAAAGGUUAAUUUGCAAAUGAAAGCCGGGUUGGAUGCUGUAAUAGUGGAUUCUGUUUUAGAAAUCCGAAAAGGACUUACAAUGCAAAGUUAG